UCGAUUGAUAGAAACCAGUACACACGCUGUAGGCAAAUUAAAAAGGACUUUUAUUUUCUAUUAUCCCUUUUUUAUACAAAUAGCGUAUAGGUUUAGCCAGCUAUGUGGAGUCUUAGUCCUAGGUUAUUUAAGAAUCCAGAGAGGAAACAGCGUUUGGCAAAGUUCCAAGUUGAAGACGGUUUGGUGGUCGAGAUGGACACUCCUCAGAAAACCCGUCGAAUUCAUGAGGUAGCCCAAAUUGGAGACGACUUGACUGCCACUUUGGCAAGUCCAUCGAAAAACUAUUCAUCUGAUAGAUCUAUUCCCCUAACGAAACUUGAGAAAGAAGACAAGAAAGAGGAGGACUUCUGGGAGCUUAAGCAAGUUUUUCAAAAAAUGGACUUGUCCGACCAGAUCCUCCUCUACCGCUCCUUUCGCCUCCUCCCCUCCGCUUGCUGCACCCUUUGGCGGAUCACCAGGAAACGUCUCGACUUCCGCACUCUUCACAAGGAUCUCAGCGAGGAGUCGCAGAAACAUCUUCUUGUCCACAUGAUGGAUAAUUUCAAGUACGCUUACUUCGUCGCAGAUAAACUACAGGAAAACCUUAAUGUUUUAGAAAGAGCAGGAGUGAAGUCGCUAGUCUCCGUGCAACACUGCGAAUUGCUGAGGGAAGAGAAUUCCGUAACGAAAGUUAAGGCUUUUAGUCACCCCGCUGGAGGAGAUUCAGCUGGAAGUAGAAUGGCCCAGUGGCCACUGCAUGCGCUGCCCAAACUAAUGAGAAAUUUGCGCCGACUAAAGGCCAGCUGCGAAAUCCAGGUGCACUUCAUCGAACAUUUUCAGGAUCUGGAGUUACUAGUACUGUAUGGCUUCAUUUCGCAGACUGCUCUCACGGGGAUCUUAGAACGGUGCCACAAAUUGGCCAGAUUAUUCCUUCGAUUCGAUUGCGAUACCUUGAGCCUAAAGUUCAUUGAUAAGUGUUCUAAUCUGAGAGACUUAUCUUUGACCACAGGACUGUUCGCCCACCAAAAGGACCUUGUCUUGAAACUGACUGCUCUUCGCCUGCUGGAGUUGACACAAUGUCAAACGAGAUAUCGGCUGACAUUGGAGUGCCUGCAAUUUAUACUGAACCGACGGAAUGACUCUGUGGAACUAAUUCAAAUAGAUUGCAAGGGCUUUCAGGACCCCAACUGGAUGAGGGAGGUGGGUCUGGAUCGGUGCUCUCGAUUGCGAGGAUUGGUCCUUGCAAACUGCUAUUUUCGUGACCGCGAGAUCCGUUGGCUCUCAUUUCCAAAAGUUCAGAAAUACAUUGCUUUAACCAACUGUCAUGAUAUUAAGGACUACCAGUUGCUUGAUAUAGUGAGAAAUUGUCCCGGUCUCAACGAUAUCUACUUGAUUGACUGUCCACAGUUGAGCUGGAAGGUCCUUCAAGGAAUUUGCCGCAUCCGGAAGAGUGAAAAUCUCAACUAUCCCAUUACCGUGAUCCUCAAUCAGUGCUCGGAACUCAGGCAGGCCUAUCAGUCUAUGUACUCGAACUACUGGUGCUUCAAGCUGUCGUACCUCAGAAUAGAACGCGUAAUUCAGGAAUGUCCACCGAUUACAGAUAUUCAGAUUUAUUUCAACAACAGCCAAUAGUGCCUCAGAGUGAUAGGAACCAUAAUUGUUUUACAAAUAUUUUACAAAUAUAUAUAUGUAUAUUUUUCUUCGUACAAAUUCA